UUCAAUUUCUUCGAUUAUUGUCAUUUGGCUCAAAAUCUUAACUUAGGGAUUGUUUCCAUUGAGGUUAUUGAGGAAGAAAGCUACGACAUCGUUUCAUUUCACUUCAAUAAAUUCUGUACAAGAUCGCGGAAGAGAAGUAGAAGAAAACAGGAGCGGAAGGGAAAACGUUAUUCAGUGGCCAGAGCUAGCAACUUCCACUCGGAGCUCUGCUUCACCGCCAUGGAUUACUUGAAGACGGUGGUGCCUUCACAACUCCUGGCGGAGCGAGGCUCCAAUCUGGUUGUCAUCAACCCUGGGUCUGCAAAUGUCAGGAUCGGCCUUGCACAGCAGGACACUCCCUUUAAUAUCCCUCACUGCAUUGCUCGCUAUACCAAUCAAUUGCCCAAACUUUAUGUUAAAGAUCAGAUGCUAAAUAUUCAGGUCACAACAGCUCAGCACAUGGAUCGUGAGAAGGCAUAUGAUAUAAUUGCUUCAUUGCUGAAGAUCCCUUUUCUGGAUGAAGAGGUUGCCAACAGUUCUUUUCCGCGCAAGACAGGACGUGUUGAUGGAUAUAAUACACAGAGUGGCAGGAAGGAUGUAGCUUUUACAUGGGCUAACGUAUAUGAGCAAGAAACCAACUCUUCUUUGGCAUCAGUGAUGCAUAUUCCAGGUGCAGAAAGACCAACAAUUGAAAGUCAUAUUGGUGAGGCCUCGGAGAAGCAUGAAAGUACAGAUGCUCAGGAGCCUACUACAAGUGGGCAUAAAUACAGAGGUUUCAUUUGUGGUGAGGAAGCACUAAGAAUACCCCCCACAGAGCCCUAUUGCUUACACCGACCUAUUCGCAGAGGACACUUGAACAUUUCACAACAUUAUCCCAUGCAGCAGGUGCUUGAGGACCUUCAUACUAUUUGGGAUUGGAUUUUGGUAAAGAAACUGCAUAUCCCUCAAUCUGAAAGAAGCAUGUAUGCUGCCAUACUUGUUUUGCCAGAAACAUUCGACGAUCGUGAAAUAAAAGAAAUGAUAUCCAUAGUGCUACGAGAUUUGUGCUUUAGCUCAGCAGUAGUACACCAGGAAGGCCUUGCUGCAGUUUUUGGGAAUGGGUUAUCAAUGGCAUGCAUUGUAAAUAUUGGUGCUCAGGUGACAUCUGUCACUUGCAUUGAGGAUGGAGUAGCUAUACCCAAUACAGAAAAGAAUUUGCCCUUUGGUGGAGAGGAUAUAUCCAGAUGCCUACUCUGGACUCAAAGGCAUCAUCAGACAUGGCCCCAAAUUCGAACUGACAUUUUGACAAAGCCUAUUGAUCUGCUGAUGCUCAACAGACUACGGGAGUCCUAUUGUGAGAUCAAGGAGGGAGAGGUUGAUGCUGUAGCUGUAGUUCACUCCUAUGAGGAGGGUGUACCAGCUGGAUCCCAUAAGACUAGGCUAACUGCUCUUAAUGUACCACCUAUGGGUCUGUUCUACCCAAUGCUGUUGGUUCCAGAAGUAUAUUCUCCACCACCCCGAUCUUGGUUCCAUGAUUAUGAGGAUAUGUUGGAAGAUACAUGGCAUAUAGAAUAUCCUAGAAGACCUGAUAUGCCUGAUGGUCUAUUUCCUGGCAUUAAUGUUGGAUUAUCCAUGUGGGAUAGCUAUCCAGUUUUCCCUUCUAGGCCUAACAAAGAAGAAAAGGUUGGUCUUGCAGAGGCUAUCACCAGCAGCAUUCUUUCAACAGGUCGUAUAGACCUCAAGAGAAAAUUAUUUUGUAGCAUACAAUUGAUUGGUGGAGUGGCUUUGACACCUGGUCUUACUCCUGUGGUGGAGGAGAGAGUUUUACAUGCAAUCCCUUCAAAUGAAGCAAUUGAUACAGUUGAGGUUCUGCAGUCAAGAACAAAUCCAACCUUCGUGUCCUGGAAAGGCGGAGCUAUUCUUGGAAUUCUUGAUUUUGGUCGGGAUGCUUGGAUACACAGGGAGGAUUGGAUUCGCAAUGGGAUUCACGUAGGGAGUGGGAGAAAAUAUAAGGACUCUUACUAUCUUCAAGCACAAGCGAUGUGUUAUAUAAAUUCCUAAAGGAGACUGGAAGUAAUGCGGCCUCAAUUUAGAAUUAGCAACUUUCAGGGUAAUGUAAAGUCUAAUUUAACUGAAGCCUUAACAUUUGUAAAAGUUGAUUUGGCCAAGCAUACAUGAUUGUUUGGAAGUCUCUAUGUUUCUUUUGGACAGGUGAUUUAGAAUGCUGAAAGCGUGUUAAUAUUCCGUUAGUGGCAUUCACAAACAUGUGCUUGGAGACUUGCAUAUUAUACUCGAGGAGAUGAAGCAACUGUUUGGCUUUUUAUUUGUGCAGCUGCUAAAUGGCAAAUUCUGUUCAUAUUCUUGUUGUAGAAGACCAAAUUUCUGAGCUUAAUUGAUCCUAGUUGCAAAAGAUACUAUCAAAUUUGUGAAGCUUCCAUUAUAGUUGUACGGCAAAUCAGCUUCCAUUUCCUGCUGCUUUUUUUUUUUCUUUUGUGCCGCAGCUAUAGAACUUGAGUGUGAAUUUUUAACCUGCAAGAUGAUCUGGAGAAUUGAUUAUAA